AUGGUUGCUAUUGUUACCGAGGAGGAGUCAUGGACCCUCUACUUUGAUGGGUCUUCCACAUCAAAAGCUGGAGGGGCAGGUGUCGUGCUCAUUAAUCCCAAUGGGCAAGCUACGGCUCUCUCAUUCAAGCUAGACUUUCCAUGCAUGAAUAAUGUGGCGAAGUACGAAGCCUUUAUUAUGGGAUUGUCCAUAGCAAAAGAAAUGGGUGCAGAAAAGGCGAAGAUCAUCGGCGAUUUGAACCUAGUACUAAGUCAAUUGCAAGGAAGCUUUGCUGUGAAGGAAGCAACCCUGGCACCAUAUCGGACAGCUGCUGAAAGGCUCAUUAAUUCUUUCAACCAAAUUGUGAUGGAACACAUUCCAGGAGUCACCAAUAGGUACGCUGAUGCGUUGGCCACAUUGGGAUCAAAGCUCUCAUUUGUGCAAGAGCAGCCCAACAUCACCGUGAUAAGGAGAGGCACACCAGUGAUCGAAGCAAUAGCCCAGGAGGACCUGCUGGAAGACGAUGAUUGGAGAAAGCCACUGAAGAAAAAAUUAGGUGAGGGGAGCAGCAUUAAAGACUUGAAGGAUUAUGUGAUUAUCUUUGAGGAACUCUACAGACGUCUUCCGGGAGGUGUUCUGACCCGGUGUGUCGGGGUGGCAGAAGUAAGAAGAAGGUUGCAAGAGUUACACGAUGCCACUUGCAGCUUGGAACCAGUGAUCAGCCUGUACCGGCGCUUGCAAUGCAAAGGUUAUUAUUGGCCAGAGAUGAAGAGGCAAGCAGCUGAACUACAAUCCAAUUGUCCCACAUGUUCUACGAUACUCUCCACAGAGGAGUCGUUCACUAUUUCAUUCGCAGAAGAUUGGAGGGCUCCAUACUUGGCAUUCUUCGUUGGAGGAACUUUGCCAACCAACUCCAAGCUUGCCUACAAGCUCAAAAAGACCAUAAAGAGGUAUUUUGUUGAUGGGUCAACUCUCUAUCGAAAGGGUUUUAAUGGUGAGCCAUUAAAAUGCUUGGGAGAAUAG